UAAAAACAUCUCUUCUCUCUGUUUGGGCCAUGAAAAUUGUGCAAUCGGACCCAGUCCAGGAUCCGGAAACCCGAUACCUUCCACGUUGCUGCUCGUGUUUCCCCACCUUCCGAUCAAGAAGCUCCACAUACUCCUCCUGGGGAAGAAUUCGGACCGUUGAUGAUAAUCACAGCGUUGACCACGGAGACGAGCCACCGUGGUGGAAACGGGCGGCUCUUAAGAUCCGAGAGUGGUCUGAAAUCGUAGCGGGUCCACGUUGGAAGACUUUCAUUCGGCGAUUUAACCGCGAUCCAUGUCGCGGCCGUGAUUGGGACGCCAGCGAGAAGUUUCAGUACGAUCCUCUGAGUUACUCUCUAAAUUUCGACGCCGACGACGACGACGAGUACGUCGGUUUGGGUGGAUUCCGAAGCUUCUCCACUCGCUACGCUUCCGUUCCGGUCUCCUCUGGAAAAUCCCCGGCGUCUUCGACUGCGUUGACGCCGCAUAACGAGAGUUAGUGGGCGCGUGUACGAAACGCGUUUGCGUUACAGGCGGCGGCGACGGAAAGGCCGUCAAGUUCGUUGACUGUCGCGUUAAUUGCGUUUCCUUUAUUUCUGUUUAUGAUAAUUAAAAAUACGAUUAACGUUGAAUUAUUUACUUUUUCAUCAUCGAAUUAAUUUUUGCGAGACGUUUUGUUUUGUUUUGUUUCUUUUUUAGGGAUACUGAAUUUGAAACGGUUGAUGCAAUGAUGUAAAUUAGCUGUACAGAUAUGUG